UUUAAUGUUUGUUAAUUUACAAGUAGCGUGUGUUAGUUUGUUAUUAAUAUUUAUUAAUAGCGUGCACGCCUAACCCUAUUUAUAUAGGGCCCUUUUGGGCCACGACGGGUGGUCAUUCGUACGAAUUCCCCACUUUGCCCGCCCACAAGUCCCCCACCCCCGAAGAAUACGGGACUCAAUGGGACAUCAUCUAUUUAGGACUCUCUCUUUAGAUCUAGCAAGCAGUUUAACUAAAUCCAUCCGGCGGGAAGACUGUUUCACCUGACGACUUUUUUUCUCUCGACAAAUAUAUAUAUAUUUUGUGCUUCUAGUUUUCGUUCGAAAAGUGUGAUAUGCAAAAAAUGUGUUCAAAUUUAUUAUUUAUUUAGUGAAAAUUGAAAGAAGAAAAUUAUGUAUUAAAAUUAUUUGUUCUCGCGGAAUAUGUUAUUGUGUUUGUUCAAGUUCCAAGAACAUAGAUUAUUAUCAGUGAUAUUCGCGAUCUGUGAUAUUAAUUCUAAAUAGCAAUAACUUUUACAUUAGCUAAUUUAUAAACGGAUAUCUUCAAAACUGUGGAAUAUUACAUCUUUCACUGAAGAAAGGGUGGAGAGCUGGGAAUAAUACGUCAGCAGGACAAGGAAGAAGCAAAAGCGGCAUCGAAGCUGGCGGGGAACGUGAAGGCAGAGUUCAAGUGCAAGAGGGAGAGUUGGUGGGGGGAAAGUGGUAAUAACGAGAGAGAAAUAGAAAGAGGUUCAGCCGGGGCGAGCGGAGAACUGGCGGCUCGCCUUCAGGGCUACGCCAUGGCAGGGUUUCUCAAGACGACUGUUACUGGCGUGCCGACAGGAAGUGCCCAGUAUCAUCUCCAUGGUCACCCAGCUAUGGGGAUGGGCACACAUCCGCAUCCACAUACUCAUGGACAUCCUGGAGGUCCUCAUCCGGGACUGCCGUCCCCCUUCAGUCUGGCUACUCACGGCCAUCCGCAUGGCCAUCCUCUCGACCACAGUCUUUCUGCGUUUCCCCAAGGAAUGAAUCAACGAAAACAGCGUCGCGAGCGAACGACGUUUACGAGAGCUCAGUUGGAUGUUUUAGAGGCUUUAUUCGGAAAGACGAGGUAUCCUGAUAUCUUCAUGAGGGAAGAAGUUGCUCUGAAAAUCAAUUUACCGGAAUCAAGAGUUCAGGUCUGGUUCAAGAACAGAAGAGCAAAGUGCAGGCAGCAACAGCAGCAACAGCAGCAGCAGCAGACCGUGGCCCCCAGGCGACCGGCCUCGCGGUCGUCCUCCUCGUCGAGCGCCAAGAUUCCGCCCGCGACCACGAGGAGAACGCCACCCGUCUCGCCGCCCCGAGGGAAGGAGGCCCCGGGCUCCAACUCGCCCCUCUUGUCCGUCAACUCGUCAUACCCCAGACUGGGCUCGACGCCGACCGGCAGCAGCAACACGAGCAGCGCCCUGACGACGCCGUCUCCGCCCCUGACCCCCGGCUCCAGCCAGUUGACGCCGUCUUCAUAUCCACCUUCUGUAAAUCAAAUCCACCACAGCGACUACGGCUUCGCCUGGAGCUCCGCUUCCCCGGGCGCCGUCAACCCCAGCCAGUGCUACGCCAGCCAGCCCUACAACAGCUACCAGAACCCCUACACGCCAGGCGACUACUACCAGUCGCAGAUCUCGCAUAUGCACCACAGUCCGCAGAGCAACUACCACCAUCCGCAGUACCACCACAACGUCACCCUCACGUCCUCCAUGUCCCACCUCACCGGCCACCACCUCAACUCCUCCUCCAACGACAUCACCUCCUGUCCGGCCGAGUCAUCAGAUUACAUUCUCCCGGAUCAGAAGUAUCAGGUGGUUUAGCAGUUCUCAAGAUCCUUCAACUGUAGAAAAGACUCUGACUUUCUUUAUCAUUCUUGGCGAAUGAAUCUCCGAGAAGCGGAUUUUUCAAAACUAAGUGCUUUUGAUAAUAGUGAACCGGACGACAAUUUGGAUUCUGACGACGAUGAUUGAUCAAAGUGCGAAUAGCCCCACGAGUACUCUUUUUGCCAAAAGUGAUCCAGUGGUUAUGAACACUAAUUGUAAAAUUCAAUGAACACGACCUUAAUUUAUGUACAAUCAAUAAUUUUCGUUAUUCAUUCAAAGUUGUCUUUUUUAAUUAUGUAAUAAUUUUAACUCGUAAGAUUUGAAAUUGUAUCGACAAUACAUGUCCUAUAUAUAAAACACACUGUGCGACAAAGAAAGUGCCAAGUGCUUUCUUCAAAAUAUUCUUCGUUUUCUUGGAGAAAUGAAUUAUAUAUGUAUGUUACAGUGCGGCAAUUCUCGUCUUCACGAGAUAUACUUGCGGUUGGAGGACAAAAGUUCAAAUAAUUCUUUCUUCCAAAAGCCAAAAGGUCCAAUAAUUCUUUGUUCCAAAUACCAAAUGGUACAACAUUUUUUUUAUAUUCAAAUUCAGAAACAUUUCCGUGCUGCAUUGCGUCACUUCUAAGAAUUACGGAAAACAAAAUGGCGGCGGUCAAAUAAAACAGCUGAUCCACUUGAAAUUUUAUAAUUCUUCUAAAUUCCAAAUUAAACGGAAUUAAAUGACGAUAUUUUUCUAAAACAAUUUUUCCCAAUGGCAAGAAUAGGUACGCGAAAGGAAAAUUAUAUUAAAUUUUGUAAAAGUAUUUCGGUUUGUUGCACUCUUUUCCCAAAUUGAGGGUUCACGUGCAAUAAGGGGAUACGCAUGAAAGUAAAAGUCCCCGCGUACAGCGAUUCUGCGGCUGCGCGAGAGGCUAACGAAUAGCUUGCGCGUCCCCUUAUUGCACGUGAACCCUCAAUUGUAAAAUACUUUUUACGAAAUUUAAUAUAUAUAUUUUCUCUCCGUGUAUAUAGUGUAAAUAAUAUUUAAUAAAUAUAAUUCAUUUCAAUAAUUUAAUUAAUAAAGUUAAAUAAU